AUGGACGCCAGCUGUCAGUGCGGUUCCGUCACCUUCAAGACGCCCCUUGAGAAGCCCCUCGCCCUAUAUAUAUGCCACUGCACAGAAUGCAGGAGGCAGACUUCCUCGGCCUUUGGGACGUCGGCCAUAUUCCCGCGCUUCGCCCUGCCGGACGCCGAGCUGCUCAGUGUCUACAAACGGCCCACCCAUUCAGGGCAAACCCUCUACUGCUACUUCUGUAAGAAUUGUGGCACGAGGCUCAUCCACACCACACCGAAUAAGACCGUCGUCUCCGUAAAAGGGGGCUGCCUCGAGGGUUUGGACUGGGCCAAAGCAAUUCACAUCUGGACCAAGAGCGCUAUGAUCCCCAUCCCGGAGGAUGCAGAAUCCUACGAGGAGUCCCAGACGACCGGGUACAGCGACUCGCAGGAGACGCUGGAUCAGCCGGGGAUGCUGGCCGGGUCGGGCGGCGUGGCCGGCGAGGACAUCCGCGAGGUCCUCAUGCGGGAGAGGCAGGCCAAGAAGAGCGCCGAGCUCGAGGGGUUGGGCGGGGUGGACGCGGAUCUGGUGCGAGAUAUAGUUCACUGA